AUGAUAACUAUUUUCAGUGAGAAACUAAAUCGAGAGAAGCUUUUGGAGAGUGCACUGGCUUUUCCGCAGUUGAAAAGUGUGUACAAAAAAGUACUGGACACCGGAAUGGACAGCGUUCGGCUGGUGAUCGGCAUCGACUACAGUCGCAGUAAUUUGUACCAAGGCGAAAUUUCCUUUCGCGGGAAAAGUUUGCACACCAUCGAAAAGGGUCAUUCAAAUUUAUAUCAACAGGCGAUUCAUUUCCUUGGCAAAGCUUUGCAGAACUUCGUUACCGACGGAAUACUGGUGUAUGGAUUUGCAGAUGCCAGGACGGCAGAGAAGACCAUUUUUUCACUGAACAAGCGUGGCACCGUUUGUCACAGCUUCAACGACGUUCUCAGGGUGUACAACGAGACAACUCCUCGGGUGACCCUUGGCGACUCGACUAAUUUUGUUCCGCUGAUCAAAAAAGUCGCUCACCUCUGCAAACACUUCUUGUCUUACCAUUUGCUUGUCAUCAUUGCCGAUGGUCAAGUCACUAACGACAUCGUUAACCAACGGAUCAUAGCGCAUGCGGCAAGAUAUCCAAUAUCGAUGAUAAUGAUUGGAAUUGGCGAUGGGCCAUGGGAUCUAAUGAAACGCUACGAUUACAUGUAUUCAAGAAGGCGGUUUCCAAACUUUCAUUUUAUAAAUUUUCAGCAGGUUUUGGAGGAAAGCCAGAACCCAGAGCUGGAUUUUGCCACCGAAGUGCUCGAAGUAAUGGAGCAGCAGUACGUUGCGAUGACAAAACUUGGAUACUUCGACGGUGGCACUCAUCACAAAUCAUGA